UUAGUUUUUUCGGUGGAGACUGUAUUAUCUCGAGAAGUUUAAGUUAUGGCGUUUUCUUCUCGAUCAAAAACAACUUUUGGGCUUCCACCAAGAAAGGAGUCUCCAUCAGAACUCACUUUUGACUUGAACAGCUUCGUUCGUCAAGCUCCGCACGAUGAAAAAGACAAACCACUGAACACUGCUCAACAAAGAUUAUGGCUUGACAUCACUCAACUGGAUACAACACAGUUGGAGCAAAUUGACGAUAAAUACAACAGCAACAUGUGGAAGAAUUUCAAAUUUGUUCGCCCAAAAGACAGUGCUGAUCGUGAAAGAGGACGAAAUUCACCGCAGUACCCAGAUGGUAUAAUUGCAGAUAUUUAUCCCUUGUCUGUCCCUAAACCAUCGCGAAUCGGUGACCAUACUUACCAGAAAUUCUUGCAAGAGGUGAAAUUGCCGCCCACGACACAGAAAAUAGUAGGAUGGCAGAAAAAGGGAAAGCAAGAAAUACAGUCAAGGACGUUACAAGUACAAAGCGAAUGUCGUGCACCGCCAUUAGACUGGGAGGGAAAUAUUUUACCCCCAGAAAAAUACAAAAGAUAUCCACGAAUGGAAACUUUACUGUCGCCGGAUCAAUUCGUUGCGUUUUAUCCGUCCUACAGUUCACCAUUUCCGAGGAAAAUACCCUCGAUACCAUCGACUUCGCUUUACUCUCUGUCUAGACAAGGAACUCCAUGGCAUUAUGGAUUACGGGUUAGAAGGCCUCAGUACGAUGGAGGCGUUGGAUAGUGGAUAGCUUACGAAGGAAUAAUCGGCUCAUAUGCGCGAAGAUUCCAUACAGGCGUUGAUUGACAGCAGAAGGCAGGGAAGGGGAAGAGGAGGAAAUGGUAAAGCUACAGGUAAGCUUCAAUAAGGAUGGCUGUGUAAAGGAUUUGACAACCAAAAGUUCAAGCUGUUAACAGCCCACAGAUGAACAAGAUAAACUAACAGCAUUGGUAAACUGUGAAGAAAAUGCUUCUGUGAGCAGUAGCAAGACGAUUAUCUUGCGAGGAUCACUAAAGCCAUAGUCCUUAGUAGUUUGGGUAAUGUUGUUCUCCUUGCCUGAAAGGAACUGAGGAACAGUUGCCACAGUUUAGUUCUUUACACUAACAUUUUUGUGCAUCUCAGAAUGAUCCUGAUUUUUUCAUUGGGAGAAGGGAAUAAGAAUCUUCACAGAUUAGUUUCAUGCAAAA